AUGGUACUAGUGCCAAGGUCACAAUCUACAUUGUCACUGAGCCUGAACAAUGACUGCAAACUUGUACAUGGAAAUGUCUGCCUUGCGACUGUUGUUGUAACACCUACUUUAGACUGGAAACUCCAUGCUUUUGAUGUCCUAUCGGAGUUUGAUGGGAGCAAGUGGACCUAUGCUGGUUGUCUUAUUUAUGAACUCUUCUCGGGCUCUAAGCUGGGGAAAACAGAGGAGCUUCGUAACACUACUGGCAUUCCUAAGCGACUCCUAAGUUCCAUGCCUUCUCGCAGAUUGAACACCUCGAAACUUGUAGAAAAUGGCGAGUAUUUCCAAAAUAAGCUGGUAGACACCAUACAUUUUAUGGAUAUACUCAACUUGAAAGACAGUGUUGAGAAGGAUACUUUCUUCCGCAAACUUCCAAAUGUUGCUGAACAGCUUCCUCGGGAGAUUUACUUUCUGCGUUUUGUUGUGCUAACCAUUGACCAAGACAGUGAGGUUCGAUCCAAGGCAUUUCAGGCUGUAGAACAGUUUCUUGAGAUACUGAAACAGAACUACGAGAAGACAAACUCUGGAGAGACAGGAGGCACCGGAGGAGCCUCAGCUAUACCUGAAACUGCUGGUCUGAUCGGAUGGGCUAAGACUCUGAAGGGUAAGCCAUUAGAUCAAGCGCCUCUUGCUUCUUCUUCUUCAGCACCAUCCCUAGCUUCUGCAGCUUUAAAUGCCACAAGCACAGCAACGGAGGCGCCAAGUCAUCAUACACGUUCCAACUCGGACUUCACAGAUCAACCCGCACCACCAUCCCCAACAUCAACAGAUGGUUGGGGAGACAUUGAGAAUGGCAUUAGCGAAGGUCAUGAUAGCGACAAAGACGGUUGGGAUCUCGAUCCUAUCGAUGAACCAAAACCUGCUCCAGCUCUCUCAAACAUUCAAGCUGCUCAAAAAAGACCUGUGUCUCAGCCUUCUAGACCUCCAGCUCAAGAGUCAAGACCAAAGAUUAACUCGGCAAGAGCAGCUGCAAAAUACGAGGACGAUGAUCUGUGGGGAUCCAUAGCUGCUCCUCAACCUGCAACUACUUCAAGACCGUUGAACUUGAAGAAAGACAGUACAGUCUACUGA